AUGGCGCCUCGCCGUAGGCCUGCUAAUCAACCGGCACAACAGAAUCAAGGAUUUCUGGAUGCCAUGUAUGCUGCCUUUCAAGGCAUGGCCACAAGAGCUCGAAACGAGCGGCCGGUUGAGGAUAAGAAGCAAGGUGAGGGAGGACCCCAGGAAGCAGAGUUAUGGUUAGACUACAUAGUCAAGCACUUGAGUACAAUAGGAGUCCCAGAUGAAUACUGGGUGGAAUUUGCUGUGUAUAAGAUGGUGGGAUUAGCAAACACUUGGUGGAAACAGGUCAAGAGGAUAAUAGAUGUCACAGGGUUGACCUGGGAACAGUUUGAGACGUUGUUCAAUGAACAGUACUUCCCCCAGAGUUACAGGGAAGAAAAAGCGCUGGAAUUUAUGUCUCUACUGCAAGGAGACAUGUCUAUAAGGGAAUAUGAGUCCAAGUUUAAUGAUCUAUCCCGGUUUGCGCCAUCACUAGUGGAGUCUGAACCCAUGAGUUGUCUUAAGUUUGAGAAGGGCCUCAAGAAUUCUGUGAGGAGGUCAUUGGUGGCCUUAAGGAUUCAGAACUUCCGGGAUUUGGUAGCUGCUGCUACAGGGUGGAACAGGGUGGACCACAGUGGAGUGGUAGGAGAAACCGCAACCAAUGACAAACGGUUGAGGAGAUGGCAAGCGGUGGCAGUAGUUCGUCCGGAAGUGACAGAAAUGCUCCGUACGGGCCCAGGUGUCACCAUUGUGGGCAGAGGGAAAGGGAAAGUACAGCGACAAGCUUAUGCCCUGGCAGGAGGCAGUUCUGGAGGUCAGACCAGCAACGCGGUGGUUGAAGAAUACGGAGUAAUUGUAGAUUGUUACCGUAGGAGAGUGACUCUGAUGACGAAGUCUGGAACAUCGAUUUCUUAUCAGGCAGAUCUGAAUCCAGUAUUAGGAGAACGACUGUUGAAGUACAGUGUUAGGGGACGGAGGAAUCUAGCCUGUUUCUCUUCCCUCCUUGCUUUGGAAGGUAAACUUGAAGUAAUUGGAGAUAGUGCGGGAAUCCCUGUAGUGGAUGAGUUUGCAGAUAUAUUUCCUGAUGAGCUACCUGGUUUACCGCCAGAUCGGGAAAUUGAAUUCUAUAUUGAUUUAAUUCCGGGAACGGCACCUAUUUCCAUUCCUCCAUACCGGAUGGCUCUGGCGGAGAUGAAAGAAUUAAGAACGCAGCUUGAAGAGUUGGCAAAAAAGGGGUAUAUCCAGAAUAGACAAGGGAUUUCUGUCGAUUCUUCCAAGAUCGAGACUGUGCUACAGUGGGAAAAGCCGAAGAAUGUAGUGGAGAUUCGCAGUUUCCUCAGACUUACAGGGAAUUGA